AUGUCGGAGCAUGCAAGCUUCAGAGGCGGCGGUGACAGAGGUCGCGGUGGACGUGGUCGUGGAGGCGGCGAUCGUGGCGGACGUGGCGGAGGCAAUCAGCAGCAGGGCGCCGAGCGAAAGAAAGAAAACAUUCUCGACCUCGCCAAGUACAUGGACAAAGAGAUCAGUGUGAAGUUCAACGGUGGCCGCGAAGUGACCGGUACCUUGAAGGGCUAUGAUCAGCUCAUGAACCUCGUGUUGGACAACGUCAAGGAAGUGACGAGAGAUGAGGAAGGAAAUACCAGCACCCGAAAUCUAGGUCUUCUAGUGGCGAGAGGCACACUCCUGGUCUUGAUAUCACCACUGGAUGGCAGCGAGGAAAUCGCCAAUCCCUUCAUACAGCAGGAUGACGAUGACGAGUAA